CCGCCUGUGGAUUAAGAAGUUUUUAAUUCAGUGAUGUCUCCCCAAGGCCUCAAGCCCCAGAAUAUGACACUUGUCUCUCAUCAGCACCCCUAUCAUGGCUGCACUCUCUCCCGCUGAAUCGCUCAUCGCCGUACGUGCGGCCCCUGAAGUGGCCCCAGACACUUUCAUAAAUAAGAAGCCUUUAGGAUUACAGCAAAAUGGGCGGUCCACAUUCGGCGGCCUGCUGAUUUCCCAAGCAAUCUCCGCGGCGAACCGUACGGUUCGUCCGGAUUUCUACGUUUAUUCAUCACAGUCCUCUUUCCUACGUCCAGUUAGAAAGGAUUCUGAGGGGGAAGUGAUUUAUCGCGUUGAACGCACCGCAGAUGGUCGGACAUACGCUACGCGUCUCGUCCAUGCCAUCGCCAAUGGCACAUGUGUUUACGUGGCCAUAAUCUCGUUCCAGAAUGACGAAUUACGGGCUUUUAAUGCCUUAACAUAUUCUGUGCCGAUGCCCGACGUCGACGCCAGCCCAGAAGACGUUUCAGAAGAAGCCAGUUCGCAUUUCAACGAACAAUAUGCGAAACAAUCUGGAGGAGUUAUGAAACCAUUUACCCCCGAGGAAAAACCAUUUGACUGGCGCCCUUAUGCGUUCGUCAAAGAAGAUGACCCAACGGAAGUCCGCAUACGUGGAUUCGUUAGGGCACGACCUUUAGCAAGAAAUACACCGCCGGUCAAUCUAGCCGCCUUAGCAUACGCUUCAGAUGAAAUGCUUCCGGGAGUAUCGAUAUAUGCAAAUCCCGACAUUGCGGGGGUAGGAGGUCGAAAUGUCGCAUUAGUUGCGAGUCUCACCCAUAAUGUAUCGUUCCACGACCCGGCGGUCCAGGUUGACCAGUGGAUGUUCGUUGAGCGCAAGACUACGUGGGGCGCGGAUGGAAGGGUUUUAGUUCAUCAGCAGAUGUGGGACUUGAACAGUCGACAACUUGUCUUAACGACGGAUCAAGAAGCUGUAAUUAGAUUAAGGGACUCCAAGCUCUAAGAAGAAUGAUGUAUACCGUAUUGGGCACCGUCUGGAUAUGAUUUAGGAACUAGAUGCUAUACGUAAUGU